AUGACAUCCAGUUUCAUUGUUGUGCUCAGUGUCCUGAUCGUCCUGGCCCAAGGAUCGCAUAUUUCGCCAGUGGAACCGGAAUCCCCACUGGAAGCCCAUUCGGCCGGAGGUUCUUCUUCGGGAGCUGCAAUUAGUUUCCCCGAAGUGCGACCAGCCCCCGGAUCGCAGUCCCAACCUUCAGCUCCUCGUCCCGUGUCAGCUCCUCGCCCUGUGGUUGCUUCUCGUCCUGUGGCAGCUCCUCGUCCUGUGGGUUCUCCACGACUUGUAGCUGCAUCUGCUCGUCGACAGUCUCGUCCAUCUGUCAUUGUCAACGCUGGACGUCCCAUCGGCGGAGGAGCUGGUCAUGCCCAGAGCCGGAAUCGCAUCCAGAAACCUUACUAA